AUGGCGACUUCAGCGGCGGCUGCGUCUAGGAAGCGGACCGGCCUCCAGAGCGACACCGACGGCGAUGACACCAGCGUCUACUCGCUCGGCAUUGAGGACUUCUCUGAUGACGCCUUCGAGCUUGUGCGGAGCCACAAGGCGAAACGAAGACACACCACCAGGGCAUCCAUGUCUUCGAGCACGCCAACGCAACAGCCAAAGCCAGAACAACAGCGGAAGUCACAACCGAAGCCACAGCUGAUGCCGCAGCCGAUGCCACAGUCGGUGGUACGGCCGAUGCCACAGCCGGAAGAGAUGCCACAACCAGAGGCGAUACCGCAGCCGAUGCCACAACCGGAGGCGAUGCCGCAGCUGAUGCCACAACUGAAGCCGGAGCCACGUCAAGUGAUUCAGCUGCACUCGGCUGCAGAGCGAACAGCGCUGGUUCCUGACAAACUGCCCGAAGAAGACCGACAAAAGCCGGAAUGA